ACCAUGAAUGGAUAAGAGAUCCUGUAACUUGGAACCCUUGUAGUUAAUUUUUCGUGACUAAUACGGCGGUAGGUGCGGAGGAUUAGUCAUGCAUCGCCGUGGAAGCUGGACAUCUUCAACUUCCAACUUUCUCUUUCUGAUCCCCUCUCCCAUCCCACUUCUCUUGCCCUUGUCCAAAGAGAUGAAUCGAUCGGUUAGCCAGUUAUAACUUUCCAUUUCCCUGUCCAUUGAGAACAAAUGGCUUCUAUCAAUGAGCCUACUACCAAGAUGUGGCUGGCAUCACUGCUGGAACCAAGCCUGCUUCUACUCUGGGCUAUGUCGUAUCAUGUCAAAGUCAACUUGGAAGCGGUCUUUAAACGAGGGCAGAUCCUCGCUCCACUUCUCCAGCCCGGAAGAAUUCGCGAUGAGGCUUUCGGCCGUUUCUGGGUCUCCUUUAGUAGUGAGUCCCUGAGCAUUAAGCCAACAUGAUAAUCAUGCUCACAAGCUACGCGGCGAAUCUUGAAGACGCCGUCGAAUCCCAGCCCCCACGCCCACCAACCCAAACAGGUGUUCAAAGUUCCUCGGAUCUAAUCCCGCCUGUCUUAGCUCACGCCUCAGGCUUAGUCCUAGACGUCGGCCCGGGAACAGGAACACAAAUGCCCCUUCUACGCUCGCCAGCUAUCAAAGCAAUCUACGGCGCUGAGCCCUGCCACGGUCUUCACGCGCAACUGCGCUCCAGGGCCGACGCCGAAGGUGUAGGUGAGAAGUACCAUGUUCUUCCCUGCAGCGUCGCCGCCUCGGAACUUGUCCCCGCUCUCCAGAAACAAGACCUUCUGCCUGCUGGUACUACUGCACCUGACCAGACAACUGGUGGCGUAUUCGACUCGAUAAUCUGCGUCCGUGUGCUUUGCUCUGUGCCGGAUUUGGAAAAGUCUGCUCGGGAGCUCUAUGCUUUGCUUAAGCCCGGUGGCAAGAUUCUCGCCGUGGAGCAUGUGGUUAACCCAUGGCGUACGGCGAAGGGAUCUGUUGUUGCGAGGGUGAUGCAGGCUGUUUAUGGGUUCUUGGGUUGGAGCUGGUAUAUUGGGGAUUGUCGGAUGAAUCGGGAUACGGAGAAGGCGUUGCGAGGUGCGGCGGAGGGUGAUGGGGGAUGGGAGGCUGUGGAGGUCGAGAGGUGGUUUGGGAGAACUUGUAUGCCGUAUAUUGCUGGGGUUUUUGUUAAGAGAGGGUAGGUUGAUUCGUGGAUUAAGAUGUUGGGUUUUGAUUAUGGUGGGCUCUAGGUGGCUUUCAUACAGAUGGUAUUUGUGGUGAUGGCCGUGGUUUGGUUUGGUAUAAGGAUUAUAUGAUAUGUCCGACAGACUUAAGAAGUCUGUAAUGACGAUCGUAUCUAGCUGUCUGGAGGCAUAACCCCC